AAUGAAUGCAUGUGAUGUUCUACAUGUUAAUGUUUAACUUCUGGAAAGCUGCAUAAAGCAAAACGCUAUGUCGAAAUCGCCGCUUCCACAGCAUUAACAAACAGCACGUACACAGAGUACACUUCACACAGCUGUUUGUUAGAUGGUCUUUCUUUUGCUUAGCUCAGUUUGAAGUUAGCAAAGCCAGAAUGGCUGCCCUGCGAGCAGCAAAGCAAGCUCUGAGGAAAGAGAUAAAGCGACGGGUUGCAGCGCUAAGUGACGAGGAGAAACAACGACAGUCUCUGGUUGUUUCACAGAAGCUGUUCAAACACCCCAAGUAUGUGUCCUGUAAGCGGAUUGCAGUGUUUCUCAGCAUGGAUGAUGAAGUACGCACUGAGGAAAUCAUCAAAGACGUGUUUAAGUGGGGUAAAAGCUGCUUCAUCCCCAGAUAUAAGAGCAACAGCAGCCAUAUGGACAUGUUGCAGCUCAGCAGUCUUCAGGACAUGGACAGGCUGCCUCUGACAUCCUGGAACAUCCGACAGCCCGCUGAAGACGACGACAGCAGAGAGGAAGCACUGGCUGCAGGAGGUGUGGACCUGAUCUUGAUGCCAGGCCUGGGUUUUGACCAGCUGGGGAGGCGUCUGGGACGAGGAAAAGGAUUCUAUGACACCUACUUGGAGCGCUGCAUCAGACACCCUAAAGGAAAGCCCUACACCAUCGCCUUGGCCUUCAAAGAGCAGCUGUGUCAGGAAAUCCCUGUCGAUGACAACGAUGUCCUCAUCGAUGAAGUCCUGUAUGAGGAUGAGCAGUAGUGAUCGUGGUCCGUGAACUCAGAACGUCCUAUAUUUGCAUGCCAAAGUCAGCUAAUGGUUUAUAACCUGGCACUUCCAUUUAAUACCAAUACACACUUUUUCCACUGCAGACAUUUUGAUUUGUCACAGCAGGAAUAUCCCAGGUGGAACUAAUGAGACCAGGGAUGGUCCUUAAUUAAUUCCACCUGUGGUUUACCUACAGUGACCUGUCAGAAUAUCAUCUGCUAUGGACUAAUACAGGCUGAGCUCCUGAUUCAGUGUCUGUAUUGAUACGUGUGUUUAAGGUACUGAAAUCUGAUAUUGUGUGUCAGUAUUCAUGAAAAGCUUUUAAAAAGCAGGUUUUUUUAAACAACUAAAUACUUAUUAAUUAUUAUAUUAGCUACAAGCAUUAAUGGACAAUGAAAUGAAGCACAAAUAAAGUUGCACUGGGAUAUGUACCGUGUUUAAUCUAUAUCUUAACAGCUGAUGGACUGCGAUUGCCUUUAUAUAAAUAAUCUGAUCUACUGCUCUCACACUGUUGAACAUGUUUCCUCCACACGUUAACACAGUGCUGAUUCCAUUUGCCUCGUUUGUGCAAGAAGAUGUUGGUGACCCCAAAGGAGAUCGACAGUGUUAUUACUAGUCGGCAAAUUGGAUCCGGCCACCUGUUAUUACAUGACUGAAGCUCCAUAAAUCACCUGAUGAAAACUGAGCCACUGAAAUAAGAUUUGUUCCUUUAGUGAAAUACUUAAGUCUCCCUACACUCAAAAAUGUGUUUUGUUACAUCAGUGGGAAGCUUGUCCUUCUCUGUGCUGACUGAUGAGUUUGACACUCGAAGGCUGUUUUCACACUUUCUAACAUGUUCGUGCAAGAUUAUUUCGUAACAUAGCAUCCAGUUGGGAUGUGAAAAACUGAAGCUGCCAGUGCACUAACACUGAGAAUCAACUAUUUAGUCAAGUAAGAAACAUCAUGGUCCAACAGUUAAACAUUUGAGGUUAAUAAUAUUUGCAUAUUCAUAGACUGGAUUUAGAGUAGAUGCAGUUUUAAGAAUUUUCAGCAAUGUAAUUGAACUGUUGUGUGGAAAAUUACAAAUCAGACACAAAUUAUUA